AUGUCAUCUCAUCUGUUGUUGUUAGUAUUUCUUUAUUUUAUACAAGGACUGCCGUAUGGUCUACAGUCUAGAUUUCUGCCAACUUAUUUCAGAUCCAAUGGAAUGUCUUUAACCAAACUAGGACUAUUUAAACUACUAUUGGCACCAUGGAUGCUAAAGACACUCUGGGCACCAUUGGUAGAUAAAUAUGGCAGCAAGAAGUCGUGGUUGGUGACUAGUAUGGUUGGUUUGGUUGUAACAUGUUUCUUUGGUGCUGUUUCUGAACCAGACAAUAUAAUUCAACUGACCAGCGUUCUGUUACUCUUCAAUUUAUUGACUUCUACACAAGACAUUGCCGUAGACGGGGUGGCAAUUAAUUUACUAACGACCGUGGAAUUAGGCUAUGGGAAUAUUGCUCAAGUUGUAGGGUAUAAAUUUGGUGCUAUAUUUGGUGGUGGAUUAAUGACGUGGUUAAUGGAGUAUAUAAGUUGGGUAGUAUUAUUUCAAUCCUUAGCUAUGGUUUACUGUCUUGGGGUUUUCAUUGUUCUCACAUUCCUCCCGAAAACUAGCGAAAAAGAAAAUUGCGACCUUAAAGACGAUGUAGUUACCAACCAAAAUAGUUGGUGGAAACGCCAUAUUUCAGAUGUUUUCAAUACUGAAGGAACUUACUGGAUUCUAGUGUAUGUUCUGAUUUAUAAAUUAGGAGAGCAAGGUGCUUUAAGUAUGACACCAUUGUUCUUACUGGAUAAUGGUGUAUCUACGACCAAAGUGGGAUUUUGGAUUGGUGUUGUUGGUCAAAUUGCUUCUAUUGUCGGUUCCAUCAUCGGAGGCUAUGUUUCAUCUUAUUUCAGGUAA